AAAUAACAGAAUAAACAGAAGAACAACGACUUUGAAAUUAUCUGGAUGUCUGUCGUAUUGGCAAAAAAAUUCAUGAGAUUUUCACGAUGUUAUUCCAUUGAAUAGAGUUGAUUAAUAGGAAGUAUUAAGCUCGGAUAUAGCUUUAGAAUAAAACGAAUGAAGAAUAAAAUGUGACAAAAAUGCCUGCCACGGAGCUGCGAUCCAUAGAGUCUCUGCAACCUGCCUACCCAACCUUCAUAAACGGAACGACCAGAAAUGUGGACAUAGUGUGGCUCAACUUCUCUGGGCAGCCGAUAGUGUACAAGACCCUGCAGCCACGUCGACCCUUCCGGGUCAACACCUUCGUGACCCACCCGUGGUUGUUCGUUGAUGCUGACUCAAGGGACAGACUGCUAGGCCGGGGCCAGCUAAUUUACAUGCCUGAAGCUCCAAAUUCGGAACCCAUCAAACGACACACCGUGCUGAUCACCAUUCCAGUGUAUCCUCUGCUCGUCCGAUCCCUCCAGGUCCUUCGAGACUGCCUGAAACCAGAAAUCAUUAACAUGUGCAUGCAGUCGGAAAAACUUCCGGAGGCAAUUCAAGGACUUCGUUUGCCAAAAACUUUGCAAGUGAAGUUGGUUAAGUUCAUCAGGUCAAGUCAGGAAUUCAGAAUAACAAACGCUGAACAGUGAUGUGCUUGUUUUUACACACAAAUGUACACUUUAAUUUUACUUUCGAGGUCUUGCCCCACCCCUACUUGGGCCACCUCCGCCUCUAGGGCCUCCGCGCUGAUUGAAUCCUGUUAAAAAAUUGCAAUUAGUGAGACUUGGCAAAUUUUGCUUUGAAUGUGAUUUCUCUUGCCUCCGCGUUGGAACACGCCGCCUCGGCCACCGCGUUGGCCACCUCGAGGACCCUUGUUGUCGCCACGGCCACGACCCUUGGCCAUCACCUCCUCUUUAACGUUUUCGAUGACGUCGUCGGGGAUUCGCAAAUACUUGAUUGUGCUGCCUCUUAUGUAGCAUUCAGGCAUCCUCCAGAAUUUGUCACCAUCCUAGAAGAUGAACGUUUUUAUUGAUUCAAUCAAACUAAAUUAUUUGUGGAUGUGGAAAUAAAUGCGUAACAGGCGCCACAAAAUUAAAUCAAUUUUGUUGAAAUGUUAAAAAAAGCUUAUUGUGCUUAUCAUUUCUUAAAAUACAAAAGCUAGAAGU